AUGAAGUUCGGCAAGACUAUACAAUCGCAACAAGUGCCUGGCUGGGGCGAGUACUACCUCAACUACAAGGCCCUCAAAAAGAUCAUCAACUCGUACGCUGCUGGUAGACCCGCUUCCGAUGCGUCCCUUCUCUCCCUCGGUUUGAGACCAUCCAAACGGUCUUUGUCGACCUCUGAACGUACAGAUUUUGACUCACCUUCGUCUGACAUCUCUCCGCCUCUGCAAGAUGCGCCCUCGGGGUUCACCUCGCUUACCUCCGCACCUUCGUUGAACGGCGGAUCAUCCAGGAUCGAUCUGGGCAGCGGAAGUACCGGUAUCGGACAUCGAUCCUCCGGCGCACAAGAGCGAAGUGAGAGCUUCAAAGCGCAUCGAGAUGUCUUCUUCUUCACCCUUCAGCGAGAGCUCGAAAAGAUCAACGCCUUUUACCUCAUCAAAGAGCGUGACCUCCGCCUACGUCUUUUAACCCUCCUCAUCAAUAGAAAACGUCUCCUCCAACACGCUCCACGGAUAGCUACACCUCCGACCGAGACGCAUGAUGGAGCUCUCUCAACAGAACAGCGGUCCAAUGAAUGGCUGAGCUUGGAAGAAGGUUGGCGUCUUUUCGAGCGGGAUUUGGGCAAGCUCCAAGGAUUCAUCGAGAUCAACGCAACGGGUUUCAGAAAAAUCCUGAAAAAGUGGGACAAACGUAGCAAGAGCAAUACCAAGGAGCUAUAUCUCGAACGUCAAGUCGAAGUACAACCGUGUUUCAACCGCGAAUUUAUCGCAAAGUUAUCAGACGUCGUCGCUGCCAACUUAUUGGACCUGGAGAAUGGCUCGGAGAAUCUUCCCAAAGCUAUCUUUGCGGAUUUACCAGAGUCGCUGGGAGCGGAUGGACUGGCUUUCGAUAGACAGGUCGACUUUGACGUUGACGCUGGGCAGGCAAUGGCGGCGGAGAGUUUGGUCAAUCUCGAGGCGAGUUUGCACAAGGCCAUGGACAGUGGACCAGAGGGGAUCAAAGAGUGGCUCAGGAUGGCCAGAUCGAGACAGAAGCGAGGGAAUGAUAAGCAGGUCAUGAGGAUACUGUGGCGAGCAGCGCUGCAAGUCCCAGUGGACGAUCUCGAGUUGGUCUUGUCAACCGUGGACCUCGACUUGACCUAUGUGGACGAUAUCAAUGGCAGAAGUCCCCUGCACCAAGCCUGCAUCGCCGGUUCCCUCCCUCUGGUGCAUCUCUGCAUGGAUAGAAUGCCUAACCUGCUCGAGAAGCCCGAUUCGUACUAUCGAACUCCCCUGCACUACGCCACGAUGCACGGUCACGCGGACAUCGUGUCUUUCCUCCUGGGUCGUUCGGCCAACCCCGCUGCGACUGAUAUGGAUGGCUACACUCCGCUCAUGCACGCCAUCGUCAAAGGUCACUUGGAAGUUGUCCAGCUUUUUGUCCGCGAUCGCAUCACCCUCGAACCCACCCACAUCUCUCACGAUCUCAUUCCCUUGUCACUGGCUUGUCAAUUUGGUCACGUCGAAGUGGCUCGACUCUUGCUGCAGUGUGGAGCCAAGGUACUGCCAAAUUCUGAAGGCAUGUAUCCGCAACACUUUGCAGCUAAAGCGGGUCAUGAGGCGAUCUGCCAGCUGUUGGUCGAUGAAGGUGGACCUAACGGAGGAGGCAAGGAUAGACAGGACAAAUACAAUCUCUGGACGCCGAUGCACCACGCAGCGAUUGGUGGAGGCCCUCGACACCUGGCCUGUAUCAAAAUCCUCAUCUCUGCGGGAUGCGAUGUCAACGCGACGGACGAGUAUGGCAAGUCGCCAGGAUGGUACGCCGCCUGGUUUGGACAUGUCGAGAGCUUGAAGUUCCUCUUGGCGUCGGGUGCGAAGUUGUCGGGACAGCAACAGACCUUGUCGGGAAUGGAGAAUUUGGGUCUGUCAGCUGACCCACAGAUGGAUUCCAUGUCACCGGGCUCGGAUCUGGACUUGGAUCAAUCGGGACAUGCAGGGGAAGAGUUUGAGUUGAUUCCUUCGUUGUCGCUUCCUCCGCCUAUCAUCCCGCUACGUGUGUAUGGACACGAAUUCCUUGCAAACCGAUGUUUGGUGCAGCUGUCCCUAGGUCACCGUCUCAAGUCGUCCGCCCGAGUUCCCGCCGUCAAGCUGUAUUCUCGAUCCAGUAAAGACUCUCUUCACCUCUGGUCAUCGCUGAAACUCGUCAUGACUUCCAAGUCAGAUAUCACUGCUGUCCCCCACAGUGUCAUUCUUCCCCUUGCAGAUGACCGCGAAGUCUUUUCCUUUCAGGUCAAAAGCCUCGAACAUUUCACCCUUGAGCUCUCCCUCUACCCAACAUUUGGCUCCAAAGUCAUCGGCCGGGCCGUCAUUCUUCCGUCGACAUUCCUCGACAUUCGUUACCACAAAGGGUUCAUCGUCCCAUUGCUCGAUCAUCAGAUCAAGACGAUUGGCGAGGUGGCGUUCGAAGUCAGCUGUAUCAAGCCAUUUGAAGAGGCUCAGUUGGAGAUUGGGGGAAGAGUCGAGACGUAUUGGAAGAGCAAGAUCACCCCUUCUACGCCGUCUCAAGACCACGCGCACCUUCCCACAUCACAUCGUCCGCUCAGCGUGUCCACCUCGUCACCCUCUCUCGCUCCGCCAGUAGCUUCCAGCAGCACGACCAAAGAGUCUGCCCUAGUCACCGCUUCGUCACUCUCUGGCGAGUACGUCGAGGUGAUUGUCCAAGUGACAGAGGAUGGUGUCCCCAUCGCGUACCCUCACACUGCUCUGCCCAUCACCGACAUUGACAUUGCGGUCCCCGAGGUCACUUUUGCCGAAUUUGCAGCCCUGGCCUCGAGGCAAGGCAGGGCUGACCCAAGCUGGAACUUUGGCAAUGCUACAGAGUUGCAUGGUAUCCUCUCACAAGCGAUGGUCCCGCUCGAACAGGUUUUACGGCAUGUCUCCCCAGACGUGGGUCUCAAUAUCCAAUUGAGGUAUUCCAAAUCGUCCGUCAAGAGCCAUACUCGAAGUCUCGAAGUGAAUCAAUUCGUCGACGCUGUGCUGCACGAGAUAUAUGACGCAGGCAAGGUUAGCCCAGGGCGCAAGAUCAUCUUCUCCAGUUUUGAUCCGACAGUGUGCACGGCGUUGAACUGGAAACAACCGAAUUAUGCCGUCUUUUUCGCUUCGUACUGUGGGAUCUCUCGCACAAGACAGGAUCGAGACCUCGAACCCGCCUCUCUCGAUGAAGAGUCAGAUCCAAGAUGCCUCAGCGUCAGGGAAGCGGUCAACUUUGCAAAGACGACGAAUCUGCUCGGAGUGAUACUCGAGGCGACUACAUUGGCUGCGGUCCCCUCACUUGUAGCGUCUGUCAAGGACGCAGGACUGCUCUUGGCAACCUUUGGAGACCCGACUCACGUGGCUGCUUUGAGAGCUGGUGCAGCAGAUGGAAGAACAGUAGAUGCAUUCGUGGCAGAAGGGUGA